UACCAGUAAGAUGACAAAGAAAUAAUGUCCAAUAGGCCUUUUGAAGUGCAGGAGAAUUUGACUUUGGAGACAAAUUUGGGAAUUAUCAUCAAAGAUAUUGGGGUGAUAAGAAUACCAGAGAGAAAUAAUAGAAAUCAGAGAAUAUGUCUUUCUAUUUAAAUGAGAGGAAGAAGAGAAGAAAAAGAAAGAGGCAACAGAUAAGGGACAGUCAGAGAAGUAGCAUUAUGUCAUGAACCGCAGGUGAGGAGGGUGUCAAGAAUGGGUAUUCAACAAAUCAGAAGGAAUUUAGGAAUAUUUGUCUUCCUUUAUCCUCAGUCCCUUUUCUUAGGAAACAGCUGGCACCGUUAAGUUCAGAUAUGUCCUUUUUUUUUUUCCCCUACUUUUAACUCUGUUAUGGAGGAAAUCAGGAAAUCAAGAGAACUGUCUAUUAAAAAUGUGUUUGGUGGUCACAUUUUUAAUUUAAGCUAGUGAAAGCUCUCAAUUUUUGUGCUAGCAAAAUAAAGUAAAAAAUUUCAAGUCUUGCGCUAAAUCAUUGGAGGUUUAGUUCCCAAGGAGGCUCUUGUAAUUUUGGUGCUUCUGUUCUUUGACUCUGUGAUUCCUCCUGUGAUCCAUCCAGUCUCCUUUCAUUAUAUUUAGUACCCGAAAUCCACGCCCAGAAUUCAGGAUUCCUGGUUGCAAGCCCAAUGUGCAUUGUGUUGUUUCUUCAACCUAAUUUGUGAUAUGGGUAGUACUAAUAAAGGAGAAUAAAAUAGCUAAUGAAGGAUUAUAAAGCACUUUGCUAAUACAAACUGCAACAUCAAAGCUGAAUAAUAGUCUUAAUUUAGGGUGAAGGGUUCCAUUAGCAGAGUAAAAAUAAAAAGGACAAAGGGUAGUGUCGCUUUGUACCUUGAUAACAGUGUACCAAUCACAGAGCGCUGCUAUCGAUCCUCAUUGCCCUGUGAACUCUCAACCCAGGAAUUUGGCUCCCCUCCCUAACUCUCUAAGUACUUCCCUCACCCACUAAGUCUGAUGAUGGCACCUCCCUGAAUCUCCUGACAAAUGCAAACAGGAACUUCUAUUCAGCAGAACUAACUUGGUAACUGAGAAGAUUCCUCUUCCAUUUAUCAGCACUUUGAUUAUCUUUUGGUAUCUCUUACCAUCUGCGCUUAGCAAGAAAAAUAAAGGGGUUUGGGCAAUUAGGAAGUAACAAAGAACUCAUAGUUCACAAAGAACAAGUCAAGGGAUGUUUGGAAUAUUUGAGCAUACAGUCAUAUUUGGCGUGAGGUAGCCUCCCUACAUCCUACUCAGGGCAGGGUAGGCUGGCGAGCUGAUCAAGCUGCCGGAAACCUGAAACAAAGGCAAGGGGAUGACGUCAAAUGGCCCCUCAACUGAAGUCUUUAAAUUCUGGGCUUCAGACACAUCAACUUCUUAGGGUAUAAAGAAUGGAGAAAAGAAAUAUAAUUCAUCGCUCAUUCCACUAAAGGUAAGUUAAAAGAACGCACUCAGAAAAAGCAUGGAAUACUGUUGGGAGUAAAUCAGCUCUGAAUUGUUCCGUGCAGAUCACUGGUCCAAGUCCUCAUAACAUCUUGGUAGGGACUGAAGUUCACCUGAGACACUCAGCCGACACUAUGGCCUAAAGCCAGUGGGGAGCAAGACUUUCUUUGGGUCAAUUCUAUAGGGAUGAUAAAUAAAUAAAAUUGUUUUAAUAGUAUCUAAAUGGCUCCUGCCCUGAAGGAGCUCCCCAUCGGAUCUAGGAGAUAGACUAAAGGACCCAAAGUGACAAGAGAGCACUUCCAAAGCGACAUAGCAAGAGUAAGUUAGUCUACCCGUUCAUUCCAUGUUCUCCUAGUAUGUAUGUGCUGUGCUCUGUGAGUUUGCAUUCCGCAUGUCUUGUUUCACAGAUGGUCUUAGGACUGUUUUACAUGUUUUACGUGAGCGGGUGUAUGCAUGGCUAUAGAUCUACUGUUAGAUUCUAGUCUCUUGAGAGCAGGAGCUAUUCCCUUUUUUUUUUUUUUUUGGCAGGGAAAUGUGUUAAGGAUUAUGCUCGACUUUGCACAUUGAUACUGAGGAAAGACAAUAAAUAAGAGUAUCUGGGGAUGGGCUAUUAAGUAGGAAGUUCCUCCUAAAAUAAGUGAGAUUUGUUCAGGGUUGUGGAGAAGAUUUAGACAUCAUGUAAAAGGGAAGGAAGAGACCUCUCCCUUGCUAAGAGGUCAAAUACUAUAAAGCUGACUUUAAAACUUAUAGGGAAUAUACAGGUUUCUGAAGAGAAAGCAGAAAUCUGAAAAUAUUCAUAUCCUGAUCAAAUAACAAGGCAACCACCAAACUUAUUUAUCUCAGAUCUGUUUAUUAAAACAGAUAAUUCAACAUGCAUAUUUUUCUUAACAUCUACCAUGUACUAAGGGAUGAAUAAUACCUAGUCCCUGACUUGAAGGAGCUCAGGAUCUACUUUACAGGAAGGAGGAAAGGACUAGUGUUUUGUUGAACAUCUAUUGAGAACCAGGCGUUCUCCUGAAGGAAAUGGGUAAGAGAGUGGGUCACAGUGGAACACUGAAACAACUAACUGUAAAAGUCCCACCCCCUGUACCUGUGCAACGCCAGUGACGACGACAAUCUGGAGCCUGGAUUCAUCAGCAUUGUCAAGCUGGAGAGCCCCCAGCGGGCCCCCCGCCCCUGCCUGUCACUGGCCAGCAAGGCCCGGAUGGCGGGGGAGCGGGGAGCCAGCGCCGUCCUCUUUGACAUCACGGAGGAUCGAGCUGCUGCUGAACAGCUGCAGCAGCCCCUGGGGCUGACGUGGCCAGUGGUGUUGAUCUGGGGUAAUGAUGCCGAGAAGCUGAUGGAGUUUGUGUACAAGAACCGAAAGGCCCACGUGAGGAUUGAGCUGAAGGAGCACCCGAUGUUGCCAGAUUAUGACGUGUGGAUCCUCCUGACGGUGGUGGGCACCAUCUUUGUGGUCAUCCUGGCCUCGGUGCUGCGCAUCCGGUGCCGCCCCCGUCACAGCAGACCGGAUCCCCUUCAGCAGCGAACAGCCUGGGCCAUCAGCCAGCUGGCCACCAGGAGGUACCAGCCCGGCUGCAGGAGGGCCCGGGCCGAGUGGCCAGACUCAGGUAGCAGCUGCAGUUCAGCCCCUGUGUGUGCCAUCUGCCUGGAGGAGUUCUCGGAGGGCCAGGAGCUACGGGUCAUUUCCUGCCUCCAUGAGUUCCAUCGUACCUGUGUGGACCCCUGGCUGCAUCAGCAUCGCACUUGCCCCCUCUGCAUGUUCAACAUCGUAGAGGGAGAUUGCCUUUCUCAGUCCCUGGGACCGUCUAGAUCUUACCAAGAACCAGGCCGAAGACUCCACCUCAUUCGCCAGCAUCCCGGCCAUGCCCACUACCACCUGCCUGCUGCCUACCUGUCGGGCCCUUCCCGGAGCGCAGCGGCUCGGCCCACACGGCCUGGUCCCUUCCUACCAUCCCAGGAGCCAGGCGUGGGCCCUCGGCACCACCGCCUCCCCAGAGGCGCACAUCCCCGGGCUCCAGGCGAACCACAGCGCCUGGCAGUGGCCCAGAGCCCCUCCGCGCAGGGCUGGGGGCUGAGCCACCUGCGGUGCACUUUGCAGCACCCUGCCACCUGCCCCAUGCCCCCACGCCGGGCCAGGCCUCACGACAGCAGCGGGUCUGGAGAAAGCUACUGCACAGAGCGCAGCGGCUACCUGGCAGACGGGCCAGCCAGUGACUCCAGUUCAGGGCCCUGUCACGGCUCUUCGAGUGACUCAGUGGUCAACUGCACGGACGUCAGCCUGCAGGGCAUCCACGGCAGCAGUUCUACCUUCCACAGCUCCCUGAGCAGUGACUUUGACCCCCUGGUGUACUGCAGCCCCGAAGGCGAGCGCCGGCGGGAGGAGGCGCAGCCUAGCAUGACCUCUCGGCCCCGUUCUUUGGACUCGGUGGUGCCCACAGGGGAAACCCAGGUUUCCAGCCAUGUCCACUACCACCGCCACCGGCACCACCACUACAAAAGGCGUUUCCAGUGGCACGGCAGGAAGUCUGGCCCAGAAACUGGAGUCCCGCAGUCCAGGCCUGCCAUUCCUUGGACACAACUCCAGCCAGAGCUGCCUUCACCCGAUCCGCAAGCAGCCAGCUCCAGCCCAGCAGCCCCGUCAGGACAGCUCCCCAGCCCGCAACGGUCCAGGGCCCUCACCGAGCCAGCCCCUGGGCCAGCGGACGCCUCCAGCCCCAGCCCUGGUCCCAGCAGCCUCUUCCACGUGCAGAAAUCCAGCCUCCCUGUGCGACACACACAGAGGAAACGGCGGGGGAGUCCCUCAGAGCCCUCCCCAGCCUCUCGACCCCAGGACUUGGCCGCACACCGAGUGUGCCAGAUUCUUCCCCAUUAUGGCCCCAGCCUGGCAUAUCCUUGGUCCCCAGAGGCCCACCCAUUGAUCUUCGGACCUCCGGGCCUGGACAGGAGGCUGCUACCAGAAACCCCAGGCCCUACUUACCCAAGUUCACAGCCGGUGUGGUUGUGUCUGACUACACGCCAGCCCCUAGGACCAUACCCAUCUGGGGAGGGGCCUUCCGAAUGGAGUUCUGGCGCCCCAGAGGGUAGGCCAUGCCCUUACCCACACUGCCAGGUGCUGCCAGCCCAGCCUGGCUCAGAAGAGGAGGAGCUCGAGGAGCUGUGUGAACAGGCCGUGUGAGAUGUUCAGGCCGAGCUCCAACCAAGAGUGCUCGCCAGAUGACUCAGGGCCCUCCUGAGAAAAGAAAGGACCUCAGAAAACACCCCUCUUCUUUGCCAUCCUUCCUGGAACCACUGGCAGGAGUGUGAUGGUGGGCGGCAGGAGGUGUUGUCUCCCGCUCCCGGCUCCAGACCUUGUCUGCAGAAGCACCUGCAAUGCAGCAAGUCUGUGUCCAGCCAGGCAACCAGCUGCCACCUGUGUGGGUCGGCUCCCCUGCAGGCUGGGACUUUCUGAGAGCAGGAAGCUAGGUAUAGGUAGAUAGGUGUUAUAAAGGUGGUGCUCCUUCCCCAGCCCCAGCAGGUCUCCCUCAUUCCAAGCCUCAUGUUCAUACCAGCAAACGGGUCCAGCUGAAUGCAUGACCCUUCUCACCCCCUUCCUUGGGAGAGUCCUGCACACCGGCUUUGGCUCCUCCUUGGUAAGGCUGCUGCAUCAGUGGCAACCCUGGUUCUUAUCAUUCUCCUUCUUUGCAAAAAGAUCAGGAGCAUAGGUGAGCCAUGAGCCCUGAAAAGGGGGGCUUUGCAGCUUCACCAGGCAGGGCCUCCCCUGGUGCACAAGGGAGGAUGUUUGUCCCUCCUUGUCCGCACUUGUCACAUCCACUAUAUUAAGUCAGAGGGGAAGCCAGGGUGUGCAGUUCUGUCCCUGAUGUGGUACAGCACCUUGAAGAAACUGGGUCGAAAGCCUCUGAUCGUCAAACUCCCUUGUCACUCCAGCAGCCUCAGUUCCCCUGGGGGUAGGGGUGAGGGUAGUGGGAAGGGAAUAGCUCUUCCUUGGGGACCUCCUAUCUCAAAGUCCCAAAGUAGGCAGAGAGAAGAGGAUUUCUGCUGGACUUUAUUUAGGAAGAAGAAGGAAGGAAUGAAGGUAGAAAAGGCAAAAUUACAGCUGAACAAGGAAGUUUUCUCUGGGCGUUUUCUCUCAGACCAGGGAUAGGGAACUGGAGAACAAAGGAGAGGUAAUAUGGGGCCCUUGGGAUUAGACGGCCCAGAGGCCCGGCUUCCCAGUAUAAGCCAUGCAGGCCAGAGACACACAGGAAGGAGUGGAGUUGCAGCAGGAAGCCUGGCCUGGGCAGCUGGUAUCGAGUGGGCAAGGGCUGAGGGGCCUCCUCAGGGUGACAUGCACCCCAGGGAAGUUGGACCAUUGCUGGCCCCUCAGGCAUUAUCCCGUUUGGAAUGUGAAUGUGGGAGCAAAGUGGGCACAGGACCCCACCUGGGAAUCUUCUUCCCUCUAAGUCAGUGGGGAACUAGCACCUAGGCACCCACGUGGGUAUUUAUAUCUGAACAGACAGAAAGACGCUUGAAUCAGGCACUAUGUUGAGAAAUGUAUUUAUUUGCUAAUAUAUUUAUCCAUAAAUUCCA